CAUCUCUCUAUUUGUAGGCCUGUCCAACCUCUUCUCAACUUCCCAGGUUUCCAACCCCUUAUAUAUAUUCAAUCUUACGUACAUCCUCAGUUCUUCUCUAAUCAUUAUCUUUGUAGCCCCACAAUGGAAGGCCAAGAAGCCCCACCACCACCACCACUACCACAAUUUCCAUCACAGAACCCUCCCUAUCUCUUCUCGCCCUCACUGCUCCUAUCCUCCUCAUUGCACCCUUCUAUAAUUGAGCCUCAAAGCCUUCCAGAUAUUGAUUGGGUUGGCCUUCUCUCUGGCCAAUCCGGGCUCGGAGAGAAUAGGUCUAUCAUGGACAGUGCUUCUAUGGUAGCUGAAAAUGGAGCUGAGGAAGAAAAGGAUAAGAAGAAAGGUGGAAGAAUGAAAAAGACAACCCGGCCAAGAUUUGCUUUUCAAACUAGAAGUGCAGACGAUGUUCUCGAUGAUGGAUAUCGGUGGAGGAAAUAUGGGCAAAAGGCAGUGAAGAACAGCAAAUACCCCAGGAGUUACUAUCGGUGUACACAUCAUACAUGCAACGUGAAGAAACAAGUGCAAAGGUUAUCCAAGGACACGAGCAUAGUCGUCACGACUUAUGAAGGAAUUCAUAAUCAUCCAUGUGAGAAAAUGAUGGAAACCCUAACUCCUCUUCUCAAGCAGAUGCAGUUCCUUGCUAGGUUUUAACUUCUUCAGCUUUUCUACACUUUCAAGAACAAAUCAAGCAGACUCCUGUUCUUGGCCAUCUUAUUAUAGUAUCCUUGUUGUGCUUAUGCUUUUUUUCGAGGUUGACUUUGUGUGAAUAGACCAAAAUCAGUGUUUAUAUAUAAUGUAAAACUAAUAAACUAUAUUGUGUGUUAA